CCUGCAAAAUGGAGGCCAAAUAUCCUCAGAAGACGAAGGCGGAGACAGAGUCGGAUGGAUCGAUAUCACUUCCGGAUGGAACGACUUAUAUUUUUUGGUACAUCCUCUAUAUAUACACACUGAGUCUCCCGCAAUGGGCAGUUCACAGAAAUCACUCGAUAUCUUCUGAAGAACAAAGCCGAAACACCUGUGAACUCAAUUCCAAACUCGAAAUAACAAAAUGACUGCCUCCAUUGUUAACACUCAUGAAUAUCCAUUCAAGUUCGAUGAGCCAAUAAUUACGAAGCCGGGCAAUCCAGGUGUCAUCCAAGAUGUGACAGUAACGCUGAAGAACGUACGCGGCAGGAUUCCUUCGCUCCAAGCAUCCCGCCUUCGAACCAUGAUGCUUGAGGCCCACAACGACCCAUCGAAAAUUCUUGCCCAUGUCUGCAGCUACGAUGGCAUGUCAUCUCGACUCGUUGAAGAGUCAGGCCAGCCCAUGGUUUUUCUAGCGGGGUACCCAGUUGCCUCGGGCUAUGGCCUCCCCGACACCGGAUAUAUUGCCAUGCAGGAGAUGUGUGACAAGAUUCAGGAUUCAGUCAGACAGGUCUCAAUUCCUGUUAUGGCGGAUGGGGAUACUGGUUACGGCUCUCCGAUGAACGUCCGCCGCACUGUGGAGAGCUAUGCACUCGCGGGUGCAGCUGGAGUCAUGAUUGAAGACCAGACUUGGCCAAAGAGAUGCGGCCAUACCAAAGGCAAAGCCGUUGUCUCACGCGGUGAAGCUUACGCUCGCAUCCAAGCCGCGUGUGACGCACGCGACCAAGGCCUCGACAUAUUUGUCCUUGCCCGCACUGAUGCGCUCAUUCACGGCUGGGAGGAGGCCAUGGCACGUGUGCAGGAGUUCAGGCGCAUUGGUGUCGAUGCCGUUUUCGUCGAGGCUCUACCUGACCGGGAAGCGAUGAAGCAAUGCGUCAAAGAGUCCGGAAUCCCUACAUUUGCCAAUAUAAUUGAGGGAGGUAAGACGGAGAACUUAUCCGCGAAGGACCUUGCCGAAUUGGGCUUCUGCGCUGUGGCGUACCCGUGGACACUAGUCGCCGCGAACCUGAAGAGCAUUAGGGAAACUCUUGAGGCAUGUAAGAAGUCGAUGACUAUUGGAGCACCACCAGUUAUUCUGAGUUUCGACGAAGUGUGCUUAGGCGUUGGAUUUAACAAGUACUGGAAGGGAGAAGAGAGAUACAAGUAUGACGAGAAUAACCUUGUGACACCAGUGGAGAAGGUUGUAAAUGGUCAAUCCUAAAAGAUUUCUCUUGCUCGGCUUUUCAAGUUGAGAUAUAAACCUCACAAAAAGAAUAUCGGUUUAACGGGUGGUGCACAAAGUCUUAUGUACAUAGCUAUUAAACGCAAAAUAGAACACAGGUC